AUGAUUGUCUUUUAUUCCCCGCUGGGAAGUGCCGCUGGUGCAAUGUGCGACAGGGGCUACAGCGUGAGCCACUUUCCCAUGGCGCCUAUGUCCAUGAGCAUCGGCAGCAUGGAGGCUGUCAUGAGCAAGAAGGGUCAGGAGGAGCAUAUAAAGCGACCCAUGAACGCCUUCAUGGUCUGGUCAAGGCUCCAAAGGCGGAAAAUUGCCCAGGAUAACCCCAAGAUGCACAAUUCGGAGAUCUCUAAGCGAUUAGAACCCUUAAACCCUCUGAAAACGAGACACGAAGCUCGUAAGAGUAACAAAACCUGCGCCAUUCUGCCUGUGACGCGGAGGAAGCGCCAUUUUCUAUUUUUCCCGCCCAUUUUUCGCGCUGCGGCUAUAAAUGCUUCAGUUUAG